AUGCUUCAUUUUCGAAAGGUUGUUAAUGAUUGUUUAUUGAGGGAUAUUGGUUUCAAUGGUCCCAAGUUUACCUGGUGUAAUGGGAGGGAGUCUGGCUCGAGUAUUAGCGUACGACUGGAUCAGUUUUUUGGGAAUCCACAAUGGUGGAAUUGUUUUGCACAAGUGAGAGUAAUACAUGAAGGGGUUGCCUAUUCGGAUCAUAUACCCAUCUGUUUGCACUCAGAAGCACCUGCUGUGGCAAGUGGAAGGGAGAAGUUGUUUAGGUUUGAAGCUAUGUGGUUGGGAGAGAAGGGUUGUGAUAACAAUGUGGAAGAUAUCUGGAGGAGGGUCACAGACAGUAACUCUAUGGAUGAUUUGAUGAACAAGAUCUCAGCUUGUGGGCAAAGGCUUCAAGUGUGGAAUUGA